CGAGUGCAAGCAGGAUAGAGCCUGAUCGUUUAGUUUCCUGCCGUUUACACCCCAGUUCAGUUUUGUUUUGACUGUUUUGAUAAUAAUAUGGCGGUGUUUAUGGCGUCCGCCUAUUUUCGUUUUUAAUUAAUUUCUGCAAAAUUUGAGUGAAAAUGUUCAGUGGGAAAUUGUCUCGAGUGUUUCUACGUUGAAUGUGCUCGAACCCAACGUAAUAGAGUUGUCGCAUCUAUAGAUAUUUGAGCGGGUGGUUUUGAAGCUGGCUCAGCUGUGGGAUGCAGAUUUGUGGGAUUCUGUCAAAGGAAAGAGGAAAUGGAUUGGAGCGGGGCAGUGCCUCAGUUCUAAGGGUGGAUUGACAUGCAGUCUGAGCCAAGACGGUAUAUCAAUUCUGUAUCGGAUAUAUUGUACAGCCCCGACGAAAUCGAGUUUCUGCUGGACGAUAUCAGAGACCUGGAGCCUACAAAUUACAAGCCUGAAGACAUUCAGGAUUUUGAGAUAGCUGGAAGCCGAACGGGGGCCCUGAGCGCUGAGUGCGCCACUGGAGAAGGAUGCGAGUGCGACUCGCCUCUCGGCACCGUCAACUCAUGGGAUUCCCACUCGCACUACCGCAGGAUGGCCUCGCCCGACCUGUCUCUCUACUCGGGAGUGAUCCUUUACUGCGACUAUGCUCACCUGAAAACUCCUAUCGGAUUUCUGAGAGUAUUGUUUUUGGUAACAACCAUAACAUGUCUGACAUGUUUGUGCACGUCCGGGACUGUAAAAGUCGGCCUGUUUAUGCUACCGCUUGUAGGACGAAUUCGACUUAUGAUGUUCGUUACUCUUCUGAGCCUUUUCGUUACUUGCCUGUUGCUGUUUCUUGAUAUUUCUCACACAGUGUACUUAUUUCCUUUUAAUUGGGGCAAAGUGAAUGCAUAUUUAUACGUAAGCCUUAGUGUACUGUUCCUGGUAGCAUCGUCACUAUUAUUUCACAUGGUUUUUCUAUCAGAGGCCUUUGCAUGGGUCCCGAAAUGGACACUCACUCAGCUGCUAGUCACUGGGAGUCUGGGAUACGUUUGUUGCAUUGAGUCGAUAAUCAUCAGCGUUAUCCAACAAUGUAAAGCUCGAGUUUAUGAGCCAGUCGGCGAAGAUCCGAGCCUAAACUUGCAAGAACAACAUUUGUCGCCGGAUGGCACUCCACAGCACAAAGUGGCCAAUCAAACGACGCACAAUUACAAGCCUAUAGUGAAUACACAAACUGUAAUGACCACGACUGUAAAAACACUAACUUUGGAGAUUGACGACGUGCAACCCUGCACGUCUAAAAGUUCAGAUCCUUAUAGAAUGGUAUGAUAGAUAGGUAAACUGGUCCUCAAACGAGCAUUUAGUGAGAUUAUUUGUUCGUAAUUAAGACUUUCACUGAGGUAUUUUGCUGUUGCGGAUAUUCUCUGUUCUGACAAAGAAAACAGAUGCUAUCCGGAACCAGUAUGUCCUGUUAGAGUAAUGAAUUGUAGACAUUUAGUUAGAUGUGAAAUACAAAUAUAGUACAAUAUUUUUUAUAAUUUUUAGAUAACGAUAGCAUUAGUUUUUGCAAAAACCGUUACUUAGCGUUUGAUAAUAUAUUUCCACGUCGUUCGAGUGUGUUUAUAAUCGUAGUAUUUGCAGUAAAAUUGAACUGUUUGAUGGUAAACUCACUAAAUUCAGCUUGUAUCACUUCUAAUUGGCACGAAACAAUAACGGGAUUUUUCUCAAUUUCUUAGGCAUCUUAGGCACCAAAUCAACUCAAUCAACAAUUUUGAAAAAUUCCUAAGCUCUGCUUUUCGUUCAUGGAAAUAUUGUGCUUAUUGUAUCUAUCGACGUUCGAUAUAUUCUAGAUUCUAUAGAAUUUUCUUCACUCGUUCAAAACAGCAACAAUCGUGUAAAUAGUGUAUGAUAUUCUUUAUAUCCCAAGCGAAGUGCUCUCAUAAAAUAUGUUUGGAAAUUUACAUUCCAGUUUUCAGAUGUAUUAGCAAUUGUCAAUUCGUUCGGUUUUAUCGUGCAAAAUCUCACAAAAUCCACCAUGAAUAAUUGUUUGGCAACAAUCAAAGAACCGAUCCUUGAUAGCUGCUAAUAUAAUCGGUUUUGAUUCAUAUCGAUCUUUAUAUAUUAAAGUGUUAAAUAUAUGUACGAUGUCUUUAGGUGAUUUGCCCACGAUUUUGCAAUGCUAAAUAGACAAGACUGUACAGGGUCAAUCAUGAGCAGUGUAACACCAAAUCACAAUAAACUCACUAUAUUCAUGUCUGUUACUUUGAAAGCCACAGCCAAUAUGUACAUGAUGUCCAAAUUAGAAAAACCAAAAUAAAAGAAAUUGCUUUAUGGUAGAACUUCCAAUGUUCAAGUCAAUAGCGCCAUCAGUUGGACACCGUGUAUAUUUUCGCAAUUUUUUACAAAACUGCCAAAACAGUCAUCACAAUCUGCAAGUAAAUGUGUUUUACACCGGAAAUAAUUCCAGAUAUUUAGCAAUUUUUGUAGUGUUAAAAUUGACAAAGCAGAAAUGUACCUGCUCAAAUUCGCACACUGAAAACCAAGUUGUUUCCUGUGCGCUUUUACCUUACUCUGUUCUUACUGAUUUUGUAGCCAUCAUAGCGUAAUUUUUUAAUAAAGUGAUCUUGAGAAAAAUG